AUGGGGUUGGGAUUCGGGGUUACAAAUAGAGUGACGGCAUUGAGAAUCGGUGAUGAAGGAAACUGGUGGAGGAUUCUGAUUGCGGACAUGGUGGGUAUUACACCGGCACCACUGGUGAAAUGUGAAAAAUCUUUGGUCGGAAAGAAGAAGAAAAAGAAGAAAGUGAAGGAAUUGAUGAAGUCAGAAAACGGGGAUUUCAGGUCCAGAAAGCAGCGGUUGUUAUUGAAAUUGAAUUACGAUGCCAUUUUGAAUGCUUGGUCAUAUAGAGGGUCUUCGUUGUCAGAGGAAAUUUCGCAAUCAACAUCUUCGGGAGACGAUGUACAUGUAUGUAGUCUCUUUCUACCAAUAACCAAGUACGUUUUAAUCAAAUACAAAUUACAAGAAUAUUAG